AUGGUAAUAAUAAUCGAUUUUGAAAACUUUUUGAGAGGAAUAAUGAUUCCUGCAAAGUUUGCAUGGAAAUCACAAGUAAUUUCAGAGAAAACAAUUAUUAUCCAGCAAAGGUCAAAAGGUCCCAGACACAGGUCGAAAAUCUCUGAACAAAUAAGUGGCACUUACUUUAUUCUCACAAAAACGGGCGCGUCCAGUGAUCCUCCCGUCAAUCCAAGAGAUAAAAGGACAUUCGACCUUCAUUGA